AUGUCCGUCCUUCGCCUUGCUGCGCUCGGUGCAGCGUUCUUUCACUUAUCUUCAGCCGGUGCGGUCCUUCGCAGGGAUCUCGAGCCGCCUGAGGCCCCCGUAGAGGGCUGGAGCUAUCUUGGCUGCUACGUUGAUAACGUCAACAGUCGCGCGCUCAACGGCCCCGUCCACUACGAUGAGACCGGCCUAACUGCAGAGACCUGCAUUGCCAACUGCGCCGGUCUUGGCUAUGCGUUCGCCGGUAUGGAGUACUCCAAGGAGUGCUUCUGUGGCAGCAAGAAGCCUACCACCAAGACCAAAGAGUCGGACUGCAGCAUGCCUUGCACUGGCGAUGCUGAUCAGCCGUGCGGUGCAGGUGACAGAUUGACUGUCUUUGGCAAGUCCUCUGCCGGAGGUACCGGCGUUCCAUCUGCAGAGCCCACUCAGACUGCUUCAGCUACUAGCUCUGCGGUCGCCACUUCCGGACCUAUUGCCACCGAUCUCCCGGAGAACUGGUCCUACCGGGGCUGCUACAUUGACCCUCCGGGCCGUGCCAUGGAGCAGGCAGGCACAUCCUCAUCCAUGACUCCCCAGAAAUGCAUUGCUACCUGUAUUGAGAAGGGCUUCACAGUGGCUGGCCUGGAGUAUGCAGAGGAGUGCUACUGCGGCAACGCCCUUAACAAUGCUGCCUCAAAGACCAAAGAGUCUGAUUGCAAUAUGCCCUGCAAGGGCGACGACGAUCAGCUCUGCGGCGCUGGUAACCGUCUGUCGCUCUACUCCGAUGGAGACUUUCCCAUUUGGCCCAUUCCUGUUCCUAAGAAAGAUGAUCUGCCUGGCGACUGGGAGUACAAGGGGUGUGUCUUUGACAACAACAACCCCUAUGUUCUUGAGUGGCUCUACGAAGACUCGCCUAGCUACGCCACUAGCAACAUGACCAUCGAGACCUGUCUCGCCCGCUGCCAGAAGUUCGGUUACUCCGCUGGAGGUAUCGAGUAUGGUCGGCAGUGUGUCUGUGGCGAUCUCGGGGCUGUUGAGGCCAAGGGUGAUAUCUGGAAGGACGACAGCUUCUGCAGCAUGCCUUGCCCUGGUAACCGUAACUACACUUGCGGUUCAGGAAACCACAUCAACUACUACGAGUGGACCGGCACUUCUCUAAACACCUUUCACUAUGCCAAGGGCGCUGCUGCAGGAAAGUAUGAUCACUUCUCCACCUCUCCCAUCAUCCCCUUGAUCAGCUCUGUCGGCAUCAACAACAAGGUCGUCUUUGUUGAGAAGCACGGUACAUCUAAUGAUGAUACUGAGGGUUCAUUCGAGUUCGACUACUCGACCAACACCUACCGUGAGCUCGCUCUCAAGACUGAUGUUUUCUGCUCUGCCUCCUUCACCCUGCCCGACAAGGCUGGACGUAUCAUCAACAUUGGUGGCUGGUCAGCCGAGUCAGUUUACGGUAUUCGCUUCUUCACUCCUGACUCACCUCAAGGAGUUGACAAUGGCACCAAUGUCUGGGAAGAAGACUACACGAAGCUCCGUCUCUUCGAUCCCCGUUGGUAUCCCACUGCUAUUGUCCUUUCCAACGGAUCUAUUCUUGCCAUGGGUGGCGAGUCUGGUUCUGAUGCCCCUAUUGUUCCCUCUGCUGAGGUCCUACCCCAUCCCGCUGGUGUGACAAAGUCGACCUACCUCGACUACCUUGAGCGCGCUGAGAACAUUGGACGAACUAACUCAUACCCUCACAUGGCCAUUCUGCCCUCUGGUAACAUUUUCUUCACUCAAUUUAACGAGUCUCGUCUUCUUUCGCAGGUCGACUUUCAAUCUAUUCGCAAGCUGCCCGACAUGCCCGGCCAGGUUGACAACCCCUUGACUGGACGUAACUAUCCUCUGCAGGGUACCAUGAUGGUUCUGCCUCAAAAAGCUCCCUUCACCGAUCCCGUUGAGGUUCUCAUCUGUGGUGGUACUACUCAUGAGCCUGGCAAUGAGGCUCUCGACAACUGUGUUCUCAUGGAACCUGAUACUCCUGGUGCUGAGUGGACUAUUGAGCGCAUGCCCUCCAAGCGAGUUAUGCCCAACAUGGUCGCUCUUCCUGACGGCCGCUACCUCAUCCUCGGUGGUGCCCAGGUCGGCCGUGGUGGUUUCGGUCUCGCUGACAACGCCAACCUCAACGCUGUCAUGUACGACCCUUCAGAGGCCCUUGGCCACCGCAUGACUGUCCUUGCCAACACCACCAUUGCUCGCCUGUACCACUCUGAAGCUGUUCUCCUCAGUGACGGAAAGGUGCUCGUUUCUGGUUCUGACCCACAGGAUCAGGGCAAGCAUCCCCAGGAGAAGCGUAUUGAGUACUUCUGGCCCGACUACCUCCUUUCUGGUGCUACUCAACCCAACUUCACCAUUUCCCAGCGUGAUUGGGCUUACGGCGGGAGCUACACCUUUACUCUCACCUCGGACCUUGAAGCGGGUGCCUCCAAGAUGCGCGUCUCGCUCAUGGCCUCGGUUGGAGCUACUCACGGCGUCAGCAUGGGUCAGCGUACCUUAUUCCCCAACGUUUCGUGCUCUGGCAAGACUUGUACUGUUACAGCACCACCCAAUGCCUUUGUCAGUCCUCCUUCUUGGUACCAGAUGUUUGUCCUCGACGGACCUACUCCGUCUCAUUCUAUUUGGGUUCGAAUCGGUGGUGAUCCUGGUCGUUUAGGUGACUGGCCUAAGCUCCCUGGCUUCACUGCCCCGGGUGUUUGA